AUGUCUGAAACUGCCGGAACCUCGCCUGUGGCCGGGCGAUACAACGUGCAUACACAGCGGCCACCCUUUGAAUCUGACUCUUCAUACGAUUCGGACGAUAGUACAGAUUUUAAUGGCUCCAGGCGGGAAGUUGACCGCUCAAAUCUUCCUGGAGGCAACAGGUCGUUGGCCGGCAUAUCCAUCAGGUCCUUUCUUCUGGGCCAAGCUGCUGGGCUAUGCUCAUUGCUCACCUUGAUGCUAAUCUACCAUUCCAACGCUAUAUGGAGGGCCCCUUUUUUUAUUACGUGUCUGGCUGUUUUCCACUUUCUAGAAUUCUACAUAACUGCAGCCUAUAGUACUCCGUUUGCCACGGUAUCCGCAUUCCUUCUUAGCUCAAAUGGUGCCGCUUACAACAUUGCUCAUAGCUCAGCAAUCGCGGAAUGUAUCUUAAGCCAUCUUUUUCUCCCUGAUGGAUACUUGAAGUGGACAUCUGUGCUCUUUGGCGGAGUCAGAGUUCAGGUCAUUGCUGGCCUGGUCAUGGUGCUGGUUGGACAGGUUAUUCGCAGCCUCGCCAUGGUCCAGGCAGGGUCAAACUUCACCCACACCAUCCAGACACAACGAAGAGAGGAGCAUGUACUCGUCAAGUCCGGCCUAUACAGCAUUCUGAGGCACCCUAGCUAUUUCGGAUUUUUCUGGUGGGGACUGGGAACUCAGUUAGUUCUUGGGAACUUUGUCUGUUUCAUUGGAUAUGCUCUUGUUCUCUGGAAGUUUUUCUCAUCUCGAAUUUACCGCGAGGAAAAUCUUUUGAUUGGAUUUUUUGGCAACGAGUAUGUGGAGUACAAGAGAAGGUCCUGGGUAGGGAUUCCAUUCAUUCGUUAA